AUGGAGGGGCCGAGGCAGCGCUGCCCGCUGCCCCCCGCCGCACAGGGCUGGCCCCGGCCCGGGCGCGGCACCGCGCUGCUGGUGCUGGCACUGCUGGUGCUCCUGCACCCCCUGCUCCGGGGCCUGGCUCUGCAGCUGCACUCGGCUCUCACGGGCAGCUACGUCCCAGGGACGCACUCGGUGGUUUUUGUCACCUGCCUCAACGAGCACAUCGCCAGGGACAUCGCCAGGGCCAUCAUGGAUAAGAGGCUGGCUGCCUGUGUGAGCAUCCUGCCCAAGAGCUCGGCCCUGUAUUUCUGGAAAGGGGAACUGGAAGAAUCCACUGAAAUACUGCUAUUGGUGAAAACAAGGACGUCCAAAAUAGGGGAAUUGUCCAACUACGUCAGAUCCAUCCAUCCCUUUGAAAUCCCCGAGAUCAUCAGCCUGCCCAUCGACCAAGGGAACCCUGCCUACCUCCGGUGGAUGGAGGAGAGCGUCCCACGGCACUGAGAGGCACGAAGCGCUGCUCGUUUUUGGGGAGCGGCUCAUUUCUGGGGAGCCGCGCCGGGGCAGCUUUUAUCUUCUGGGGUUUGCUGUGACACAGGAGCUCGGGAACUGGGAAAGCUCCGCUGCUCUGCCUGCCCCGGAGCGCUGGGCAGCGCGGAGCC